GGGCUUUACAUUGAAGACACUUGCAAGUUGCACUGAAUGAUCUAGUCUGGCAAAUCAGUAACAAUUGCCACAGCAUAUUGUUUAUUUUCUAAUGGAAAAAAUAUUGAGUCCGAAUGCAUCUACCAAAGGAGAUGUGUUUGAAAAUGUUCUGCAGUUGGUUCAUACAGCUCCAAUACAGACAUCUAUUCUGGGAAUUGUCAUCUUCAUCUUCCUUUGCUGGUUAAUUAGAGACAACCUGGAACUCAAAAAUAUCAAGGACAAAUAUAUUUUUAUUACUGGAUGUGAUACUGGCUUUGGAAACUUACUGGCAAAGCAGCUUGAUAAACGAGGGUUUCGUGUAAUCGCUGCAUGCUUCACAGAAAGCGGAGCUGAGAAACUACAGACAGACUGUUCAUCCAAACUGAAAACUGUCAGGCUCAAUGUGACCAGCCAAGAUCAUAUUCAGAAUGCAGUGGAAUUUGUACAAGCAGAAGUUGGAGACCAAGGUCUAUGGGGUUUAGUGAAUAACGCUGGAAGAGCAAUUCCAAUAGCACCCACGGAAUGGCUGACAGUGGAAGAUUUUACCAGAGUCUUGGAUGUUAACCUAGUUGGACUUAUUAACGUCACCCUUCAUUUUCUUCCACUGGUGAAAAAGGCAAAGGGAAGGGUUGUGAAUGUUGCUAGUGUCAUGGGUCGUAUUUCAUUUGCUGGUGGUGGCUACUGUGUUUCAAAAUGCGGAGUGGAGUCAUUUUCAGACAGUUUAAGGAGGGAUAUGCAGCACUUUGGAAUGAAAGUCAGCAUUAUUGAACCGGGUUUCUUCAAGACAGAAACUACAAACUUAGAGUUUAUUGAGAAAAACCUUCAUCAGCUUUGGGAAAGACUGACCCCUCAGACCAGAGAUUACUAUGGGCCAAAGUAUUUUAAUAAUUACAUUAAAGUACAACGGUUUUCAAUGCACUCACUGUGUUCUACUGACCUUGAAAAGGUGACUAACUGCAUGGACCAUGCUUUGACAGCCAAGUAUCCACGAACACGUUACAGCGCUGGAUGGGAUGCUAAGUUUUUCUGGAUUCCUAUAUCCUAUGCACCAUCAUUUCUAGUAGAUUGCAUGUUACGUUUGCUUUUACCGACCCCUGCAUAUUGCUUGAGAAAAUCAAAAGCCAGGAAUGCAAUUGGUGUAUAAUUAAGUCAUCCACUCUACUAGAAUUACACAUGGGUACUGUUUGUGGUAUUAUUACCAGGUAAAGUUUUUCUAAGUUUUAAUUGUGUAAGAAAGCUCUUGUUCAGACAGAAUAAAUAGAGGAGUGUACUUAGAUUUUAUAUGUGACAGGUAACUUUACAACAAGACAAAAUAUCUCAGGAAAAACUUAAAUGUAAGUCUGCAAUAAUUGAGCUUAGAAAAUUCCUUCCUGUGCCAUUUUAGAUAGGACAUAGAACAAAGAAAAGUACAGCAGCACAGUACAGGCCCUUCAGCCCACGAUGUUGUGCCGUGGAAUAAUCCUAAUCCAAAACUAAAAUAACCUAAACUACAUUCCCCUCAAUUCACUGCUGUCCAUGUGCAUGCCCAGCAGUCACUUAAAUGUCACUAAUGACUUUGCUUCCACUGGCAAAGUAUUCCAUGCGCUCACAACUCUCUGGGUGAAGAACCUCCCUCUGACAUCUCCUCUACACCUUCCUCCUAACACCUUAAAACUAUGACCCUUCGUGGCAGUCAAUCCUGCCCUGGGGAAAAGUCUCUGGCUAUCGACUCUAUCCAUGCCUCUCAUUACCUUGUACACCUCGAUCAGGUCACCUCUCUUCCUCCUUCUGUCCAGAGAGAAAAGUCCGAGCUCAGUCAGCCUCUCCUCGUACAACAAGCCCUCCAGUCCAGGCAGCAUCCUGGUAAACCUCAUUUGCACCCUCUCCAAAGCCUCCACAUCUUUCCUAUAAAAGGACGACCAGAACUGGACACAAUAUUCCAAGUGUGGUCUCACCAGGGUUUUGUAGAGCUGCAGCAUAACCUCGCGGCUCUUAAACUCGAUCCCCCUGUUAAUGAAAGCCAAAACACCAUAUGCUUUAUGAACAACCUUAUCCACCUGGGUGGCAACUUUGAGGGAGCUAUGCACUUGAACACCAAGAUCCCACUGUUCCUCCACACUGCCAAGUAUCCUGCCUUUAAUCCUAUAUUCAGCAUUUAAGUUCUACCUUCCAAAAUGCAUCACUUUGCAUUUAUCCAGGUUGAACUCCAUCUGCCAUUUCUCAGCCCAGCUCUGCAUUCUGUCAAUGUCUCGCUGAAGCCUGCAAUAGCCCUCAAUACUAUCAACGACACCUCCAACCUUUGUGUCAUCAGCAAACAUACUAACAUGCCCCUCAACUUCUUCAUCCAAGUCAUUUAUAAAAUCUACAAAGAGCAGAGGCCCAAGAACAGAGACCUGCGAGACACCACUCAGCACUGACCUUCAGGCAGAAUACUUAUCAUCUACAACCACUCUCUGCCUCCUGUCAGCCAACCAAUUCUGAAUCCACACAGCCACAUCACCCUGUAUCCCACAUCUCCUGACUUUAUGAAUGAGCCUGCCAUGGGGAACCUUAUCAAAUGCCUUGCUGAAGUCCAUGUACACCACAUCCACUGCUCGACCCUUGUCAACCUGUCUCGUGACCUCCUCAAAGAACUCAAUAAGAUUUGUAAGGCAUGACCUGCCCCCCUCAAAGCCAUGCUGUCUCCCUUUAAUCAUGCUAUGCUUUUCCAAAUAGUCAUAAAUCCUAUCCCUCAGAAUUAUUUCCAAAACCUUGCUGACCACAGACAUAAGACUGACUGGUCUGUAAUUUCCAGGGAUUUCCCUAUUUCCUUUCUUGAAAAAUGGAACAACAUGUGCCUCCUUCUAAUCUUCUGGUAUGACUCCCGUGGAGAGUGAGGAAGCAAAGAUCUUCGCCAGCUGCUUAGCAACCUCCUUUCUCACUUCCCAGAGCAACCUAGGAUAAAUCCGGUCUGGCCCUGGGGACUUAUCAAUCUUAAUGUUUGCCAAAAUUUCCAGCACAUCAACUUCCUCAAUCUUGAUCUGUUCAAGCCUGUUUUCCUGCUCCUCAAAGUUCUCAUUCACAACAAGGUCCCUUUCCUUAGUGAAAACCAAAGCAAAAAACUCAUUUAGGGCUUCCCCUAUCUGCGCAGACUCCACGCACAAGUUCCCUAUGCUAUCCCUGAUCGGCCCUACCUUCUCCCUGAUCAUUCUCUUAUU